ACUGAGCGGUGACUCCUGGCAGAGGCGCACUAAUUGCGUUCCCUCCUGCACAGGAAUAGCGCGUGGGGGUUAUAAUUAGAGAGCUUAGUGACGGAAUAUGCGUCUUUCAUAACGUAGCCGGUACGGCGCGCUGGCAGGCUGGGACACGGUGUCCGUGCAGCCGCUCUGGAGGUUACAUGACAUUCACAGCAGAACAACAGACACUUCCCCCAAAGAUGUCGGCCCCACCAUCAUCAGCUCCACCCGCACGCUUCUUGAUUCUGUUUGACUUUGACGAGACCAUCAUUGGUGAAAACAGCGACCACACGGCGGUGCGGACUCUGCCGGAUCAACGGCUCCCCGCCUGGCUGACAGACAGCUACCGGGAAGGCCAGUACAACGAGCACACGCAGAAGAUCCUGGCGUACAUGGCAGAUCAGGGCGUCUCCAAGGAAACCAUCCACGCGGCUGUGGAGAAGAUCCCACCUGCUCCCGGCGUUUUGGAGCUCUUCCAGUUUCUGCGAAGCCGCCGGCACGACUUUGAGCUGGUGGUGGUCUCCGACGCCAACACGUACUUCAUCGAAACCUGGCUGCAGCACGCUGGCGUGCGCGAUCUUUUCAGGAAGAUUUUCACCAACCCGGGCAGCUUUGACGACUCCGGACGCCUUGUGCUCCUCCCCUUCCACUCGCAUUCCUGCCCCCGCUGUCCCGACAACAUGUGCAAGCAAACGAUCCUCCGGGAGUAUCGGGCGUGCCGGGAAAAGGAGCGCGGCGGGAUGCCCUUCCAGAGAGUGUUUUACGUCGGAGACGGCGCCAACGACGUGUGCCCGACUCAGGCUCUGGGGCCGCUUGACACAGCUUUCGCUAGAAGGGACUUUCCCAUGCACAAGCUGCUGCUGGAGAUGCAGCCGUCGGCCAAGUUCAAGGCAAAUAUGGUUCCAUGGGUCACCGGCGAGGACAUAGUGGAUUGCUUGAGAAAAGUGCUGGAGGAGAGAUGAAAAUGUUGUCUGUAGAUUGGGGGAAAAGGGAAUCAAAAUGAGGAGAGAAAGGGUGCUCUAAGCUAAUAUUAGUCUUAGCCAUUGACUGUAUAUGAGAACUGGAGAGAGUAAGUGUGACGCCACCUAUGGAAAAUGGCCCCAACAAAAUGGCAUCCAUUUUUUGGGGGGCUCCGGACAAUUACCCAAGCACAAAAUUCUUCAGAAUUGUAAAAAAAAAGCUUUUAUUAAAACUUAAAACAGGAAAAAUCGUAACUGUUCACAUUGCUUGUUAAAAUAAAGUUUUUUCAAGCAGUGUGAGUAGGUCUUCCGGUCUACAGCCAGGUCCUCUUGCAUAGUUUUCAGUAAUAUGGAGGCCGACAUGCUGCAGCCAGAUGACAUCGGCAAGCAGUGAUUGAUCGUAGUUUCCAUGGCAACCACUCUCGCCAAUCAGGAGGAAGCUUGUUGGAAGGCCACGACCCUACCGUAUGAAAACGGGCUACACAAAAUCUAUCAAACGCUCUGAACGUGACAACUUUCAUUGAGGGAUUGGUCGAUUUACUACUUCAAAAAUAUAACAUAAAAAAAUAAUCAAGAACAUAUUUAAAAAAUGUUAUUCUGAUAAAUAUCAUGAGGUCUAAGGGAUUUUGGCUUUUUGGUCUUUUCUGUUUGGAACGUUCAGUCCAGUUCUCUUAUACAGUCAAUGGCUAAGCAACUUUUUAAAAUACUUCUAGAUCAGACUUCUUCUUUAAAGUCAGUCUUGUCUGGAAGCCUAGAUUAACCCAUAAGAACCCAUAGUCAAAUCAGUGUUACAGAAAAAUAUCUCAAAUGUUUUCUGUGGUCAACCUGGUUUGUGGUAUUUUCACCAUAAUUUUAUUUUUAGGGAAAAAUGGGUCUGGGUCUUUAUAGGUUGAGAACAAAUUAAGAGUGUUUUAACCAAAGUGUUUUUUGUGUGCUGUAGAGUAACAAACACCAUUGAGUUAGUUCAAUGUGACAACGUGGAGCCAAUAUUCCAGGAAAGUAAUAGUACAUGAAUCAAUCAUAGGGGAACAUUUCCAGCCAGUCCUGAAAUCUAAUUUUGUGGUAAGAGACUGAGGAGGUUUGGAAUCCAUGCUUGGUUGCAAAAGAAGAGGACAGUUUUUUCAAAACUCUGAAAAAUAAGAACAAUAUUUCCUUCUGACAGCUCAUAAUGCCUUAGUCACAAAUGGCUGUCUGCAGGUGAAAAUGGGCGAAACUGUAUGGACUACACAAAAUAUUUAGAGCUGUCAUGAUGCAUGAUUUCAUCAAACUUAAAGGGAAAAAAGUUAGUUGCUUGAAAUCAAAUUUAGAGCAUUUUUUUUAUCUUGAUAUUUCCACUCAGUGAGCCUGUAGAGCAAAAUGUUUAUUUUUUUCCGUGGACAGGCUGUGAGCGGCAAGUCACAGCAAACACUCAUACAACAAGUAAGGGUGAAGGAGAUGAAACGCAGGCGUCGUAUGGAUUUUUUGUUUUUUUAAACCUUACAGACUUCGAAAAGAGCAAACUAGUGCUGUUCAUGCGCUGUUAAGACGAUCAAGGCAUCGUCAGUAAAGAAUCAAUACCUUACUGACGACAAGAGUUGGACGUAAGGGCGACUUCUGUUUUCUUUAUUAAUACUUCACUAUACAAUAACCACAUGCACAACAAUCAUAAGUUCCAUUUACAUGACGUCCCUUAAGUUGGCCAUAUGAUCCCCAAGGGAACUGUAAGACAUACCUGUGCCAAAGUAAAGACACUCUAGAUUCCAUCCAAUCCACACAGACUGUGCAGACAACACGUUAGUGCUGUUAGAUGAUCAAGAUAUUGUCCCUUAAGGUGGCCGUACGAUCCUCAAGGGAACUGUAAGACACACCUGUGCUGUGUAAGUCCUGCAACUUUAACCAUAUGCAAACCACUGUAGAUUCCUGCAUGUCCAAUCCACACAGAAUGCGCAAACAACACGUUAGUACUGUUAGACGAUCAGAACAUAGUCAGUAAGGAGCCAAUACCUUACUGACAGCAAGAGUGUGACGUAAGGGCACCGUACAACACCAUCACCCAUAGGUCAUAAGUCAAUUCCAUUAUUUUACCAAUACUUCACAAUACGUUUUCCACACGUACAACAAUCAUAGGCUCCAUUUUCAUAACGUCCCUUAAGUUGGCCUUACGAUCCUCAAGGGAACUGUAAGACACACCUGUGCUGUGUAAGUCCUGCAACUUUAACCAAAUACAAAAUACUGUAGAUUCCUGCAUGUUCAAUCCACACAGACUGCGCAAACAACGCGUUAGUACUGUUAGACAAUCAGGACACUGUCAGUAAGGAGCCAAUACCUUACUGACAACAAGAGUGUGACGUAAGGGCACCGUACGACACCAUCACCCGUAGGUCAUAAGAAACUUCCAUUAUCUUUACCAAUACUUCACGAUACAUUUACCACAUGCACGAUAAUCGUAUGUUCCAUCUUCAUGACAUGUGUUAAGGUGGCUGUAGGAUCCGCAAAGGAACUGUAAGAUACACCUAUGACGUGUCAGUCCUGGAACUUUAUCCAAAUGAAAGAUACUGUCGAUUCCUGCGUGUUGAAUCCAAAAAUCAUGUGAAUAUAUAUCAUUGUGAUUGGAAUAUAAGGCCAUUUUUUAAGACCAUCAAACCUUACAGACUGCGCGUUAGUGCUUUUAGAUGAUCAGGACAUCAUUAGGAAGAAGCCAAUAUCUUACUCAUGACAAGAGUGUGGCCUAAGGGCACUGUACGACACCAUCACCCAUAAGUCAUAAGUCAUCUUUGCCAAUACUUCACGAUACAAUAAUCACACGCAUGACAAUCAUGAGUUCCAUUUUCAUGACGUCCCUAAGGUGGCUGUACAAUCCCCAAGGGAACUGUAAGACACACCUGUCCUGGUUCAGUCCUGCAAUUUUAACCAAAUGAAAGACACUGUGGAUACCUGUGUGUUCAUUCUAUACAGAAUGUGCAUAAAAAACACGUUAGUACAGUUUAUACUAUCAGGACAUUGUCAGUAAGGAGCCAAUACCUUACUGACAACAAGGGGGCUUAAGGGCACUGUACGACAGCAUCACCCAUAGGUCACAACCAACUUCCAUUAUUUUGACCAAUUCUUUACAAUACAUUUACCACAACCAGGACCAUCCUACAUUGAAUUUUUAAGACAUCUCUUAAGGUGGCUGCACUACCCUCAAGAGAACUUUAGGACACCCCUAGGACGUGUCAGUCCUGCAACUUUAAGCAAAUUAAAGAUACUGUAGAUUCCUGCGUGUUCUAUCCAAAAAUCUUGUAAAAAAAAUCAUCGUGAGUGGAAUGAAAAGGAAAUGUAUUUUUUAAAGUCACCCAAACCCUACAGACUGCACAAAGAGCAUGUUAGUGCUGUUCAUGUGCUGUUAGAAGAUCAGAACAUCAUCAGUAUGGAGCAAAUACCUUACUGACGAAAAGAGUGACGUAAGGGCACCGUACAGCAGCAUCAUCCAUAGUUCAUAAGAAACCUCCAUUACCUUUACCAAUACUUCUCGAUGUUAUCGUACCUUCCAUCUUCAAGUUGUCCCUUAAAGUGGCCUUAUGAUCCCCAGAGGAACAGUAGGACACACCUGCGCCAUGUCAGUCCUGAAACUUUAACCAUAUGAGGAGAUUUCUGUGUUAGUUAAUCUUAAAAUAAUGUGAAAAUAUACCACCAUGAGUGGAAUAUCAAGACAUUUUUCAUUUGUUCAAACCCCCCAAACCUUACGGGCUGCACGAAGAACACGUUAGUGGUGUUCAUGUGCUGUUAGACGAUCAGGACAUCAUCAGUAUGGAGCCAAUACCUUUCUGAAGACUAUAGUGUGAUGUAAGGGCACUGUACGACAUCAUCCCCCAAAGGUCAUAAGAAACUACCAUUACCUUUACCAAUACAGUUUUACCACACGCACGACAAUCAUACGUUCUAAUUUCAUAACGUCCAUUAAGUUGGCCGUACGAUCCUCAAGGGAACUGCAAUGCCUCUUUUCCUCUGAGUGGUCCAUACAAGACCGUUAUUUUGAGCGUGGACCAAUUAGGCCAGACUGAUUCGUACCAUCUUUGGUUCCCUGUUGGUUUUAGGUCCAUAGAAAAAUGGAAUGGACCAGUCAGGGCAAACAUACUGUAGAAAUCCAUUGAUUGGUAAAAAGGUAUUACAAAAAAAGGAAGCAUCCGACCAGCGCUCUUCCCGAUUCAAGAUAUAAGCUGAAAGUUUUGUCCACUUAUGGUUGUAUUCUUCUUCGCUUCCCGCAAUCUUCUUGCAAAGAGUAUUAAAUUGUUAGAGAGUGGAGAGACGGGGAAUCCACGACUGUAGUUGUAGUUGCACCCUUAUGAUGCAUAGCUACGUCAUCGGUCUACAACCCGCAUGCGCCAACCCUCAAUAGAAACGAUCACUUGAAUUGCCAGGACCAUUCUAAACUGGUCAGGAGUGGACCGGUCCGGACUGCCCAGUGAAGACAAGGUAGAAGACAAACCUAUGCUACAUACUAGAGGCACCUGCCCCUCUCUACAACCCUCCACAACCCAACAACCGUAUGGGUCAACACUUCGUACGUGUACAUGUGACUAAGGAAAAAAAAAAGUCACAGUGUGAUUAGAAACCACGACUGACCUUCACUUUCCUCAUUACUUUUCCUUCUCAUCUUUUACUAACAGCUGCUGUAAAAUGUGAGCUUGAGAUAGGCAGUGAAAUAUCACAGCUUUUUUCCCGCUAACACCUCACCCACGGAGGGAGGGAUCAGGUGUUACGGCACCUGAAACACUCGUGUUCGAGAGGGACAAAGAGCGCACAGAACAGGGAUAAGGUUGCACACACUCAGGCACACGGCCUGAUACCUUAUCUGGGGAUUGAUUGUACAACGGCGAUCCAUCCACACCAGCUUGAAAUGCAGCGGGACUCCUGCAGUCCUCCGUCUGCAGUUUGACCCAGGAAGAACGGAUGACUUUAAUGAUUGUAGAGUUAUCGUAAAGCACGAUUUCAUCAAACUUUAAGGGAGAAAUGUAGUAGCUUGGAAUCAAAAAAGUGUUGCACAUUUAUUUUAAAUUUUCUGUUUUAUUGACUUUUUUAAAAAUGUGCUAAUUUGAUUGAUCAAUUUACAGAUUUUAAGCAAACAUUUGUUUGCUAGAAGAAAAAUCAGUUAGUUUACGAAUGAAAUAAUGUGUAUGACUGUAAGAAGCAGACGUGUACUGGAAAUGGCGUUUAACUGACUUUCUCAGGGAGUAGAAAAGGGAAUCCUUGUGCACUUUCUGGAAGCCUCCAGGUUUUACACGGAAGUUGAUCAGUGGGUUUGUGCAAUAAGAAUCUGGUUUAUGUAAUGAAAAGAGACUGAAAAGUAAUAAGAAAAAUGGAUCCUAAUGACAUGUCUGUCCUGUAACUUUAACCAAAUGAAAAACACUGUAGAUUCCUGUGUGUUCGAUCCUAAAAUCAUGUGUAAAUUCAUCACCGUGAGUGGAAUAUAAAGCCAUUCCUUGACUACGUGAGCCUGUUUUUGCUUCACAUUAAACUAACUAUUUUA